CCUCCGACCUUGUAGACACGGCAGGCCCUGCCCUCGCUCGCCCGGGUCGCCCGGACUGACGCACAGGCCACAGCCUCCGCCUCCGGUCGCAUGGGCUCCUGCCCAGGUGUGGAAGCUGCGGGGAGGCGGUGCGGUGAGCCGGCGUCUCUUUGACCGGAGCUCCGCUUCUGCCGACCGCUCGCCUGCGCGGGUGACGGCGACGUGCGGGCUGGGAAGGACAGGGAGCGCUGUCCUCUGCUCCACCGCUGCCCGGCGGGCGGUGAAAGCCUCGCGCGGUUGUGGGCGCCGCCCGGAGCUAGUGCCGGGCGAGCGCGGCGCCCACGCGCGGUGGGAUGGGCUCCGCGCUCCCGGGAGCGGGCGGGGCGGGGCGCAUCCUGCAAAGUUGACCAGGGCGAGCUACCGCCGGCGCUCUGCUGCCCUAGAUUCGCUCGGUUUUUCCCGCGGAGCCAGGCGUGGACGUCGCUGCCCCGCUGACACCCAAGGGACUGGGAGAAGCCAGCGGGCGUCGGCGGGAGCCCGUGCAGCGUGAGAUGGAGGCUGCAAAAGGGGACGCGCGGGCCGGCGCCGUGUAGCCCGCGGGUCCCGGGGCUGGACCUUGCCCGAACGCUGUGGGGGCGCAAGAGCAGGGCCCUUCCCCGGGCUGCCAUGGAGGUGCCCAAUGUCAAGGACUUCCAGUGGAAGCGCCUUGCUCCACUGCCUAGCCGCCGGGUCUACUGCUCACUGCUGGAGACUGGGGGGCAGGUCUAUGCCAUCGGGGGAUGUGAUGACAAUGGCGUCCCUAUGGACUGCUUCGAGGUCUACUCUCCCGAGGCCGACCAGUGGACCUCCCUGCCCUCCUUGCCCACAGCCAGGGCCGGGGUAGCAAUUACUGCCCUCGGAAAGCGGAUUAUGGUGAUCGGGGGUGUGGGCACCAAUCAGCUGCCUGUGAAGGUCGUGGAAAUGUACAAUAUCGAUGAGGGCAAGUGGAAGAAGAGGAGCGUCCUGCGCGAGGCUGCCAUGGGCAUUUCUGUCACAGCCAAAGAUUAUCGAGUGUAUGCCGCAGGAGGAAUGGGCCUGGACCUACGUCCACACAACUACUUGCAACACUAUGACAUGCUAAAGGACAUGUGGGUGUCACUAGCACCCAUGCCUACCCCAAGAUAUGCUGCCACCUCCUUCCUCCGGGGCUCCAAGAUCUAUGUGUUGGGGGGACGACAAUCUAAGUAUGCAGUCAAUGCCUUUGAGGUCUUUGAUAUAGAGUCUCGGUCCUGGACCAAGUUCCCCAACAUUCCCUGUAAGCGGGCCUUCUCCAGCUUUGUGACUCUGGACAACCACCUAUACAGCCUGGGAGGCCUGCGGCAGGGUCGUCUGUACCGGCAGCCCAAGUUCCUCCGGACAAUGGAUGUGUUCGACAUGGAACAGGGGGGAUGGCUGAAGAUGGAACGUUCAUUCUUCCUCAAGAAGCGCCGGGCAGACUUUGUGGCUGGUGGUCUGAGUGGACGGGUCAUAGUGGCUGGGGGCCUUGGAAACCAGCCCACUGUCCUGGAGACAGCAGAAGCAUUCCACCCUGAGAAGAAUAAGUGGGAGGCCCUCCCCCCCAUGCCCACACCCCGCUGUGCCUGCUCCAGCAUUGUCUUCAAGAACUGCCUCAUGGCUGUGGGGGGUGUCAGCCAGGGACUGAGCGAUGCAGUAGAGGCGCUGUUUGUCUCUGACUCCUAAGUGGCCUGAGCAGCACCUUUGCCUGGACAGUAUCACUCCACUCCUGACAUGAGGAAUGGUCUCAUCAAAGCAGUUUGGACUACUUCCUCAGGUGGGGUCAAGCCCUGGGGCUCUCAGUGACCUCCCUCUAAAUCUGCAAUCUCAGAAAGCAUAGCUGACUCCACUAGUCAGUCAGUGCUAGGCUGUGGACUGGGGAGAAACCUCACACAGUGCUCAAACACAGCAGGGGAAAGUUUCCUCCUCUUGCCUACCUCCUGAGGUAGAGUUGGCACCCAGAGAGGGAGCCACUGUUGUCCUUCCUCAUCUCUGAGGUAGUUUGAGUGUCGUGGGAUAAACUAAUGAAGAACAGGGCACCCCCCCAAACCCUUGUUUCUCUUUGGUUGACAUCCAUUCCCCAUAUAGAAGUUAGAGAUCUGUGGGCCUGCCCCAGAUCUCACCUACGUAUCAGGGAUUGGACUCGAAGCUAGGCCCAAGUUGUGUAGGAAGGAAGCUGGGGGCUCACCCUCCAGGACAACAGCUUCGGCAGAAAGGAUCCUUCCUUUCAGGUCCCUGCUGGGCAUGUAAUGAUGGAAAGUCAAUAUCUUCUGUAUUCUACCUUCCGCCACCCUCUCCUGACCUGAGGCCUGGCCACUCUGUGCCCAACGGCUCUCAGCGUGUUUCUGUGUGAAACCAUCUCAUUGACUUACACUGUGGCUUCCCAAUCCACAAAGGGUGGAUAAAUUGCACUCUGGUUAAUAACAGCAGCACAACAUUUGGUAACUU